CGGCGAGCGAAGGGUCAUUGUACGUCAUCGCUGAUGAAGUAGUGAUUCGUGACAUCAAGCUAUUUCCAUAAAGACGCACCGGACUGCUGCCAAGUGGAAUAUUUAACCAGACCCCUCCGCUCUCCUCCGGCCGUUGUCAGGGAAAUCAAGCAUGACUUCAGUAUCACUAUGUUCCAUUCUAUCCAGCCGUACAGUGAGCGAGGUGUACCCGACCACACAGACGGCCCGCCAGUCAAACGACUGUAUCACCGAGGUCAGGGUCACUCAGGUGACGGGCCAUGUGACUGUGUGACGUGCGGUCGUGAGGUGGCCAGCUUCCUACACAGUCUCCGUGUUGGUGUUACAGACGGUCGCACAAUAACAUCUACAACAUUGACCCCCACCAGCGACGGCACCACACCACCCUGUCUACAGUGGAGAGACGUGCUGGUGUUGAGCUGGCCUAACGUUAGUGACAACUCGGGUAUGGUGACGGGACUGCAAGAAGCGGGUAUCCCAGUGCGGGUGAUGAAGGAUGAUGACAUCGAGGACGUAUCCACGGCCCACAGUGACGUGGUGUGGGUGGCGGAUGGAUAUCGUGUUUGUGGUCUGGAGAGAAAAGUCGUCGUCUAUGUGGAGGAUCCUGAGUCUGACUCUUUUAGCUUUCCCCGAUUUACCCUCAUUUCCCGCUGUACGUCACAACUUGUGAUUGUCUCCUCUGAGCACUAACUGACCUGUCACCUGUUGUAGUCACGUGUCUGUCUCCCUGACGUCAACACUUAUCUUCAGUAUUUCUCUUCUUCUACUCUCAGUCUAUCAUCACUUCAUCACCUUAUGAUGUCUUACACAUGAUUUCACGAUAUUUUGUCACAACAUAAGGUCCGUGUAUGUCUUUACACAACAACUAGUGUCAACUACAAUAUCAAACCAUCUUUACACAACAACAUAGUUUGUACAACGGGCUGCAGUUGGUGACAUCACACUAACACUCAGUCUUAUGGACUGAAAUAAAAUGUAUCUUUGUACGUUACUUUUAUUUUCAUUUGGAUGCAACAUUUACGUGUGUGUGUGUGUGUGUGUUGCCAUUACCUUGUGUGUAAAUGGCGGGUGUCUGAACAAUCAUUUUAUGCUGAUGUAGUUUUUUAGUGUUUAAGUAAAGUGUUAUAUAAUGAGUGUUGUAUGACAUCUACAAUUUUUUAUAAUAUUGCAUUUUUUCGUUCUUCAUAUCCAGAAAAUAAAAUAAUUCAUUUUCACACGAAACAAUAAAGUUGAAAUGUGUUGGAUCAUGUCGGUUGGUUAUAUUGUAUAACUUUGUGUUGUAUUUUGUUUUAUACUGGUGGUUAGCCCUAUUUUCUCAAUUUCUCUGCGGCUGAUCCGUUGAUAAUAACCUGUACAGACAGCACUGACACACUCACACGCGCGCUAGCAAACCUAGAUCAGCAUGAAUUCUCUGUUUAAACGGUACACGGACUUUUCGCCGACGGACGUUUCGGAGCCGGACCUUUUGCC